UAUAUAUAUAUACAGUGCAUGUAGAAAACCUUUCUAUAAUUAUAUAUAUUAUAAAGAUUAUCCAAGUAUGAAGGCGUUAAAUGUCUGCUAUAUAUAUAUAUUAGCACUUGAAGAUAUGACAUAUCAAGUACCUUAGAGUUGGGUUUAUUACUUUUGCUAUGGAUAAGAACCAAUAUUUUGAGAGAGUUCAAGGAAAGUUUCAUAGAGCACUCUUGAUAGCCGGAACUACAUUCCAAAAAUGUGUUUUGCCAGAUGGAAAAGUAUUAACACAAAUACCAAAAGAUUAUACAGAUGGUGCAGAAUUUAUUUACAAUGUGAAUAAUGUUUUUGAUAUUUCGGUAAAGAUUGUUUUCUGGAAAGAUUGGUUCUAUGUUUUGUGUCUCAAUACGACUUCAAAUAAAACAGCUACUCGGGCUUUUCACAACGAACAACUGGCAGAUGAUUGGAAUCUUAAGUCUUUAGUUGAUGAUGUGCUCCCAUCAAACGAAGAUAUUCAGGCUCAAAAUCAGGAUGAACCGUCAUCUGAGGAACCGAAGAACACGAUACAAUCUACUACCCAUCCUCGAUUCGUAGAUGUACAGCCCAGCGAUGCUCCUUUUGGAAUUUUAGCUCCUUUUGGGAAUUUGCCUAACCAGAAGCCUCUAUUUCCAUCAAUUGGUGCUGAUGAUCUUUAUCCAGCUGGUGUUGGCGCUUCCGGGAACAGUGGGGGAAUGCAUCCUACGUUUAAUCAUCCUAUAUUUCAUCCUGAGGAAGGAACAAGUACUGUCGGUGAAGAAGGACCUCCAAACAUUCCUUAUGUACCUUCUGGUGCUAGGUAUGAUCCAACAUCGCCCAAUGAUUUGCGAGCUUUUCAAGAUCCCUUUGGAAAUCGGUUUUCACAAAGAAAAACAAGACCCGGUGAGGGAUUUAAGUUUCCUGGUGAGCCCGAUAAUGACGAGUUUAUGCCUCCCGGUUCUAGUGACAUGUUCAUGUAGUCGAGAAAAAAAAAACAAUAACGUUUGACUACUAGUCUACGCCCUCUGCAAGUUAUCAAAAAAAAGGAUAAAAUAAAAACAAAGAGGUUAAUGAUUAAUGUAUAACGAUUGUUUAAAUAUUAAUUGAAUUUCUAUUAUACUACAAGUUUUGAUAAAUGAAUGCUUAAGUCAAAUUUAUCUUUUCUUCAUCUUCCAUCUGUUUAAUUAUAUGUGUAAAACCGCUUGAGCAAUAUAAUAAAUCUAAAC